UUCUCGCAAUUUACCGCGUGAUCAAAAACAUGUCAGCCACCAUGUGUGCCUUCGUUUUUUGUAAAUAAGGCGUCGGAGUGUCUUCGUUUGUGUAGAUCAGCCUAAAACUACACAAUUAAAUAUUGUUGUCAUACUCGUGAUAUAAUCCUUCAUGGCUCACAUCAGAGAAUUAGAAGGCGUGAUGCACGGACCUCGCAUUCUUAGUGCGGAGGAGCUGAGUGCACACAGGUCUGAACGCCAUCAUAACAGAGUGUUGCCGGACAGAGGUGGUGCAAAAGACUCUUUACCAGAUGACUCGUUGAUGCAUGCACAACGUCUUCAACAGGCACAGACCGAGAUGAAAGUGCUGCUUGAAGAUGAAAGAGUUAACAAAGUGUUAAACCUUUCACAAGGCACAUGGGAUCCAAAAGCACAACUUGUGGAGGUCACUAAAUGCACGGGCAAAUUUAGUAAGCAUUUUGGUCAUGUUGGCAACAAUGGGAAAAUGGUACUUCAGCCAGAAGAAGCUUUGUUUCUAAUUGACACUGGUGACAUGGAGGUAUGCUUCAAUGAUGUGCCAAUGUCUCUCCAAGAAGCAUACUUGCAUAUUCUGCCAACGACUGCAGCACUUAACAGAUAUUUUGUUUAUGGCCAUCUGUCACGGCUAGGGUUCAUUGUCUUACCCCACCAGGGAAAGUCUUCAUUUACUCGUUACGAAAGGCACAUUCGACUUGAUCAGCAUGUCAAGGAGAAAAAGACAACUCGCCCAUUGUGUAUAGAUUGUGAUGGUAAUGAGGCAGCAGACUCCAGUGAACACAGCAUCUCAAGUCAGGCAGAGAAUUUCGAUGUUAAGCAGGUGGAAAUACUCUCGAGUGACGAAAUUAAUAAAAAAAAGCAAAAGCUAACCUCAGUGAGGGCAAACACAGAGGUUUGUCACACGGACACUUUAAGCACGCCCCCUAAGACAUACAUAAAACAAAUUGAGAGCAUCAAAAAGUUUAGUAGCAUCUAUGUACCUGACCUAGGUACUCUAGUAGGGAGUCGCCUUACGAUGCCAAUUCCGGACGUGAACCUUCUGCCAAGGAAUACGCUAGUCACUGCAGAGACCUGCACUCUCAAUAUGGGGCGACUUGAAGUCGAAAGGCAAAAGCGCUUCAGUAGAACUUGUACACGUCACGAUGUACGCAUGCACAGGAACCGAUGCUCACUGUGUUUGUCUGAUGAGAGAUUCAGUACUGCCAGAGGUAAACCAUCACAUCGGAGAGAAGAAAUAAUGGCUCAACCUUCAAAAGAGAUUAGUCAAUGUAACAGGCAACCACCUGUUCUGGUAGGCUGCGAUUUUCGGGAAGAAAAUCAAUCAUGUAUGAACAAGAGUAAGUUGGUCACUCAUUUUCAAGCCAACAACCUACCAUAUGAUACAUGUGUAAAUCCAACUAACUGGAAGCAAUACAAAAUACAGAAGCUUAAGAAGAGUACUGUAAUUGAUGUAAAAGAAUCUGAGGCGAAUCAUCAGUUGAAGAGGUUUGGCUGCUUUCCUCUCGUUAGAUCAACGACGCAAAACUCAAUUGAAGACAUAUUGGUUAGUCUCGACAAAGUCAAGAGUAUCACUCCUGAUUUCAAGAAAAUAGAAAGCGUACCAUUUAAGGUAAAAAACAUAGCAGUGGAUUUUGAUGUUUACCUCCCAAGUCAGCGAUUUAAGAAAAGUUCUCCUGGCUUACCAAUCCACAGGAUCUGUGUGAGAAGUCAUGAACAGCCACUACCUAGUCUACUUCAGCUGAGUAGAUUACAGUCAAGCUUAGCAGAUGACGUACCAAUUCAAUGGGCAGUAGUGGAUGGUGGACACGUCUGUUUCUAUAGCUUGCAUGGAAUCAUCGUUCCAUCAUUGGAUGUCAGCAAUUGAAUUCAUGGCUAAAGUAGCACUGCAAGUAUUUUUACAAUAAAUGAAAUAGGACUAUUAAGUAUUAAAAUAAUUAUUUUUAUUCAGGUAGCAUUCGUAGAAUGACAAUAGUAUCCGACAGUAAUGUUGGUUUCAAUCUUGACAGUUUGAUCACUAGUGCUCAUAUUCAGUAUGUACGUUAAA